UAGGAGAGACACAAGGAAGGAAACCUAUACAAAUAAAGGUAAGGGAAUAAUACAAUAUAUUAAAUAUAUACAAUAUAUUUAACACGGGGAAUGGCCAAAUGAUGACGAUAAGCACGCCUUGCACUGCCACAAUACUUAACAACGGUAUCGCCCCUUGCUUCAGCUUCAUCAACGGCAGUGCCAUUGCCAAUAACGGUUCAUUAUCGUCAACUCGUCCACAAAAAGAGUGCUGCGAUGCACUGAAGUCGAUGGUGACCGAGGCGUUGGACUGUGCGUGCCUCAUCGUCACCGGAAACGUCCCCUUUUCCAUACCCUCCGUCCGCAUUCCUCUCCAGCUAUGUAAUGCCGGUGUGCCACUUCAGUGCAAAGGCUCUGGUGUCCCUUUACCAGCACCAGGUACAAUUUCUAAUCACUCCGUAAUUUCUACUACUUGUAUUGUACUCCCACCAUCCGACAAACCUUUCUAGUUCUGACUUUUAAAGCAUCUAAGUGGAGUAUAUUUUAUUGUUAACUUUUCAAAAAUGUCUUUAGAUGUGAUGAGUAAAAGUAGAAUGUUGAUUGGCAGUCCAAAUAAAUAGUGAAAAAGUGUGAUGCGAUAAGUAGAUUAAAAAUUAGCAGUAAUAAAAGUGACUUUUUAAUUGAAUUGAGAAAGGUUUUUUGGGCGGGUAAGAAAAGAGAAAGGUUGUG